UGUCCUCCAGCAGGAGGCAGAACAACCUCACACACCUGAUGUUUGUCUCCUCUCUCCGCUGGUACACUGGGCCAGUCAGCAGCAGGAUCAGGAUGAGAAGAUGGCUGGCUGUGUGUUUCCAAUGGGACCAGAGAGCUUUCAGCGCUUCACGCCGGACUCCCUGGCGGCCAUCGAGCAGCGCAUCGCCCAGGAGCGGGCACGACGCAACAAACACUACCAGGAGGACCUGGGUGACGUGGUGCUCCCCCGGCGCCGGCCCGACCUGGAGGCAGGGAAACAGCUGCCUCGAAUCUUUGCCGACAUCCCGUCUCAUCUGGUUGGCGUUCCCCUGGAGGACAUCGACCAGUACUACUUCAAAGGCAAGAGGACCUUCAUAGUCCUGAACAAAGGGAAGGCCAUCUUCCGCUUCAAUGCCACGUCCGCUCUCUACAUCUUCAGUCCCUUCAACCCCAUCCGCAGAAUCUCCAUCAAGAUCCUGGUGCAUUCAUUAUUCAGUCUGUUCAUCAUGUGCACCAUCCUGACCAACUGCUGCUUCAUGGCCAUGUCAGAACCGGCGUACUGGGCCAAAUACCUGGAGUACACCUUCACAGGUAUCUACACCUUCGAGUCGUUGAUAAAGAUCCUGGCGAGGGGGUUCUGCGUGGGGCCCUUCACCUUCCUGAGGGACCCCUGGAACUGGCUCGAUUUCAGCGUCAUUGUCAUGGCAUAUGUCACUGAGUUUGUGGACCUGGGUAAUGUGUCAGCCUUACGGACGUUCAGGGUGCUGCGAGCGCUCAAAACCAUCUCUGUCAUCCCAGGCCUGAAGACGAUCGUGGGCGCUCUGAUCCAGUCGGUGAAGAAGCUGGCGGACGUGAUGAUCCUCACCGUGUUCUGCCUGAGCGUCUUCGCCCUCAUCGGCCUGCAGCUGUUCAUGGGGAACCUGCGGCAGAAAUGUGUCCGCAACACGGAACACUGCCUCAACGACAGCAUGUCCGCCAACGCCUCCUUCCUCUGCAACAACAAGACCUGGGCGUCGCUGCACGACUUCAUCAGCGAUGAGGGCAACUUCUACAAAGUGGAGGGAGCCAAGGAUGCCUUAAUCUGUGGGAACAGCAGCGACGCAGGGAAGUGCCCGGAUGGUUUUGACUGUCUGAAGGCAGGCAGGAAUCCAAACUACGGCUACACCAGCUUCGACAGCUUCGGCUGGGCCUUCCUGUCUCUGUUCCGCCUCAUGACGCAGGACUACUGGGAGAACCUCUACCACCAGACACUGCGUUCUGCAGGUAAGACCUACAUGGUGUUCUUUGUGGUGGUGAUCUUCCUGGGCUCCUUCUACCUGGUGAACCUGAUCCUGGCCGUAGUGGCGAUGGCGUACGAAGAGCAGAACCAGGCCACCAUCGCUGAGGCCUGCCAGAAGGAGCGCGAGUUUCAGGUUGCCAUGGAGAGGCUGAAGAAGGAGCAGCAGAAGCUUCUGGACUCGGACUCGAUGAUGUCACCGGAUCUGUCCCCGUUCGUCCUCCCAUUGGACGGAUCGGAGGAGAGGAGGCGGAGCCAGGCGCUGGUGGGCGUGGGCGACGUGGAGGCCAACCUAUCAGAGGAGAAGCUGCUGCAGGUGGACUUGAUGGAGGGGGGGAAGCCCCUCCACCCCCUCCUGGGCCGCUCCUUCUCCUCCAGGACGCGGAGGAGCAGUCAGGUGUCCUCCAUCUUCAACUUCCGCCUGCGGAGUCGGGGGUCGGAAGGGGAGAUGGCUGACGAUGAGUACAGCGUGCCGGGGGACGUGACGGAGGGCGUGGGGGGGCGCACCUACAGCGGGGGCACCUUCAGUGGCAUCCUGCCCCACCCCUGGCCCAAACGCAGGCCGAGCACCUACAGCAACGCCAGCAGGAACUCCCAGGUAUUUUAUCCAACUUUAAACGUCAACGGGAAGCUGUUUGUGGCCAUGGACCAGAACGGGGUUUCCCCCCCACCUCUGCAAGGGCAGCUGCCCGCCUGCACCAUGGAGAAGGUCAAGGAGGAGAGUGUCCCCACCUCCACCACGGAGCUCAGCACCAUGCUGUUACCUCGCCCUUCAUCCUUGCAGGGCUCUGUGCAGAGAGGGAGGGCUCUCAGUGCGGCCAGCUACCUCACCGACGCCAUGGAGGAGCUGGAGGAGGCCCAUAAGAAGUGCCACCCGUGCUGGUACGUGUUCGCCCACAAGUACCUGGUGUGGGAGUGCUCCCCCUCCUGGCUGAGGCUGAAGCAGCUGGUGAACAUCAUGGUGAUGGACCCCUUCCUAGACCUGGCCAUCACCGUGUGCAUCGUCCUCAACACGCUCUUCAUGGCCAUGGAGCACUACCCCAUGACCGACGAGUUCAACGGCAUGCUGAGCAUCGGCAACCUGGUGUUCUCGGGGAUCUUCACAGCAGAGAUGUUGCUGAAGAUCAUCGCUCUGGAUCCAUAUUAUUACUUCCAGACGGGCUGGAACAUCUUCGACAGCAUCAUCGUCUGCCUCAGCCUGAUGGAGCUCGGCCUGUCGGACGUGGAGGGGCUCAGCGUGCUCCGCUCCUUUAGACUGCUUCGUGUUUUUAAGCUGGCCCGCUCAUGGCCGACACUCAACACCCUGAUAAAAAUCAUCGGUAACUCCAUGGGCGCUCUGGGAAACCUGACGCUCGUCCUCGCCAUCAUCGUCUUCAUCUUCGCCGUGGUCGGCAUGCAGCUGUUCGGCAAAAACUACCAGGACUGUGUGUGUAAGAUCUCGAAAGACUGCACCCUCCCUCGCUGGCACAUGAAGGACUUCUUCCACUCCUUCCUCAUCGUCUUCAGGGUGCUGUGCGGCGAGUGGAUAGAGACCAUGUGGGACUGCAUGGAGGUUGCCGGGCAGCCACUCUGCUUACUCGUCUUCAUGCUGGUCAUGGUCAUUGGAAACCUGGUGCUGCUGAACCUCUUCCUGGCUCUGCUCCUCAGCAGCUUCAGCUCUGAUAACCUUUCGGCUCCGGACGAUGACGGAGAAAUGAACAAUCUGCACAUUGCCAUCCAUCGGAUCACAAGAGGACUGGCCUGGUGCCGCAGACAGGUUAUAGAUUUUUUCAACGGGAACCUGAAGCGUCGACGUCAGAAGAGGAAAGAAGUCAAAGCCAUGAUGAAGCUCAAACGCCUGAGCACCAUCCACACCGAAGCCAAUGGAGCCGUCAUAGGCCGUCAUGUGGAGAAGUACGUUGUUCCGGAGGAAGACAGCUACAUGACAAACCCCAACCUCACCAUCAGCGUCCCCAUAGCCCCCGGGGAGUCAGACGUGGAGUUCCCCGAAGAGGAGGAGGAGGAUGAGGGGGAGGAAGGGGAUGAGGACCAGAGCGAGGGCUCCGAGGAGGAGGAAGAGGAGGAGGAGGAAAGGGAAGAGGAGAAAGAUGUAAUCAGCCAGUCCGAGGGCAGCACAGUGGACCUGAGGAAGCCCGGCGACGAAGAGGACGAAUACUCUGAGAUGGCUGAGGAAGCCAUGGAGCCCGAGAACUGCUUCCCCGACUUCUGUACGUCCAGGUUCAGGUGCUGUGACGUGGAUACGAGUGGGGGCUCGGGGCAAAACUGGUGGAGGCUGAGGAAGACGUGUUUUCAGAUCGUAGAGCACAGCUGGUUCGAAUCCUUCAUCAUCUUCAUGAUCCUGCUGAGCUCCGGAGCCCUGGCCUUUGAGGACAUCUACAUCGAGCAGAGGAAGGUGGUGAAGGUGGUGCUGGAGUACGCUGAUAAGAUCUUCACCUACAUCUUCAUUCUGGAGAUGCUCCUCAAGUGGCUCGCUUACGGCUUCAAGAAAUACUUCACCAACUACUGGUGCUGGCUGGACUUCCUCAUCGUAGACGUGUCGUUGGUCAGUAUGGUGGCCAACACUUUGGGUUACUCAGAUUUCGCCGCCAUCAAGUCCCUGCGGACGCUGCGCGCGCUGCGGCCCCUCAGAGCCCUCUCCAGAUUUGAAGGCAUGAGGGUGGUGGUGAACGCUCUGAUCGGGGCGAUCCCCUCCAUCAUGAACGUGCUGCUCGUCUGCCUCAUCUUCUGGCUCAUCUUCAGCAUCAUGGGCGUCAACCUGUUCGCCGGCAAGUUCGGACGCUGCGUCAACCGCACGGGUCACAUCUACGAGUCGGCCUUCGUCAACAACAAGUCCGAGUGCGAGGCGCUCAACGACACCUCGCUCUACUACUGGACCAAGGUCAAGGUCAACUUCGACAACGUGGGGGCGGGGUACCUGGCGCUGCUGCAAGUGGCAACCUUCAAAGGCUGGAUGGACAUCAUGUAUGCAGCGGUGGAUUCACGAGCUGUGGAGGAGCAGCCCAUCAAAGAGAUCAAUCUGUACAUGUACCUUUACUUCGUCAUCUUCAUCAUCUUCGGCUCCUUCUUCACCCUCAACCUCUUCAUUGGAGUCAUCAUUGACAACUUCAACCAGCAGAAACGAAAGAUGAGAGGACAGGACAUCUUCAUGACGGAGGAGCAGAAGAAAUAUUAUAACGCCAUGAAGAAACUCGGCUCCAAAAAACCUCAGAAACCCAUCCCCAGACCUACGAACUCUGUGCAGGGCUUCUUCUUCGACCUGGCGGGGAAGCAGGCCUUCGACAUCAUCAUCAUGGUGCUGAUCCUCUUCAACAUGAUCACCAUGAUGGUGGAGACGGACGAGCAGUCCCCGCAAAUGGAGUACAUCCUGAACAACAUCAACCUGGCCUUCAUCAUCGUCUUCACCUUCGAGUGCUUCGUCAAGAUUGUGGCGCUGCGCUGCUACUUCUUCACCGUUGGCUGGAACAUCUUCGACUUCGUGGUCGUCAUCCUCUCCAUCGUCGGUAUCGUUCUUGCGGACAUCAUUGAGAAGUACUUUGUGUCACCAACGCUGUUCCGAGUGAUCCGGUUGGCCCGUAUCGGACGUGUUCUGCGGCUCAUCCGAGGCGCUAAGGGCAUCCGGACGUUAUUGUUCGCCCUCAUGAUGUCCCUCCCCGCGCUCUUCAACAUCGGGCUCCUCCUCUUCCUUGUUAUGUUCAUCUACGCCAUAUUUGGCAUGGCGAACUUUGCUUACGUGAAGCGCCAGUCAGGCAUCGAUGACAUGUUCAACUUCGAGACAUUUGGGAACAGCAUGAUCUGUUUGUUCCAGAUCACCACCUCCGCGGGGUGGGACAGCCUCCUGAGCCCCAUCCUCAACAACUCGCCCGAGGAGUGCAACGCCAGCAUCCCCCACACGGGGACCACCGUGAAGGGUAACUGCGGCAACCCAUCGGUGGGCAUCACCUUUUUUGUCACCUACAUCAUCAUCUCCUUCCUCAUCGUGGUGAACAUGUACAUCGCCAUCAUCCUGGAGAACUUCAGCGUGGCCACGGAGGAGAGCACGGAGCCGCUGAGCGAGGACGACUUUGAGAUGUUCUACGAAGUUUGGGAGAAGUUCGACACCGAGGCCACGCAGUUCAUCGAAUACGCCAAGUUGUCCGAUUUUGCAGACACGCUGUCAGAGCCUCUGCGCAUCAGCAAGCCUAAUAAGAUCAAACUAAUCUCUAUGGACCUUCCCAUGGUCAGCGGGGAUAAGAUCCACUGCCUGGACAUCCUCUUUGCAUUCACAAAGCGCGUCCUGGGCGAGUCAGGAGAGAUGGACGCCCUAAAGCAACAGAUGGAAGAGAAGUUCAUGAUGGCAAACCCAUCCAAGAUCUCCUACGAGCCGAUAACAACGACUUUGAGGCGAAAACAGGAAGACGUGUCGGCCGCCGUGAUCCAAAGGUGCUAUCGGAGGCACCUGAUUCGGCGGCAGCUGAAGGCCGCCUCUUACUUGUACCGCCAGAUCACGACACCUCGGCACGCGGGGGGUGAAGCAGAAGAAGGAAGCGAGGGGGUGUUGAUGGACGACGCACCUGAGAAAGAAGGGUUGAUUGCCGCCAUGAUGAGGGAAAACUAUGGCUCGAGUUUAUUAGCAAUGGAGUGCUCUGAGACUAUUUCCGCAACCUCCUCCCCGCCAUCCUACGACAGUGUGACGCGAGCCACAUCGGAGAUAUUUCACCCGCUCGCCGCCAAGACAGAAACUAUUGCCAUUGACAUCCAGGGCAGCGAACCAAGCGAACAAUUACCGUCGUUGGACAGACAGCAGGACACCGUACCAUAGCGCGAAGCAAAAAGCAAAAAAAUUCUAGUUUUGGGUUUGUCCUUUGUUUACUGAAUGUACCAUAGCUGAGAAACGCUGAGGAAGGCGGCAAAAA